AUGGCGGUAUGGCAAGUAUUCGGCAGACAUACUGGUGCAUCCAUGCAUAGUCGCAGCUUCUGCUCAAGCUGUGCACAGCCCGUAACGCUGUAUCCUGAAGAAGCCCAACAACCUGCAAGAUCCACCAAGUCAGCCAUUGAGAUCUCGUGCACAGGUGGCUUCUUCCUUGAGUCCUUCCGUCCUUGCUUCUUUCACCUACCUAAAACCGAGGACAUUGCACCCAGGCAUGGAUUCGUCUCUGGCUUGUUUGGUCGACGAACGCGGAGUUUCGGGAGGGGUGGCAGUGGCCGGCUGGAGGAGGAGGAGGAGGAGGAGAAGGUGGCUGGUGGUGAUAGAGAUGGUGGUGUGGCUGCGAUAGUUCCCCUACGCAACCAAAACUUUCCAAGCCUCCAACUUGCCAAGCCCUCACCUCCCGGCCUCGGUCCCGAGCGUGCACGAACCCGCACUGAAGACAAGGGAACCGACCCCCUGCUAGCUCAUCGCAUUCUAUUCUUUGAUACCAGCGCCACCAUGCUGCCUUUGCCACGCAAGACGAGGCACACAGCUUCCACCACAACAAUAACAAGACCAACCACCACCACAACAACCGCCUUCAACCAGACAUGGGACGACAAGGAUGCGACCUCUUUCGAUCCCACCGCGCUACCUGUCGCCAAAAUCCCACGUGGCUGGGAGCGCAAACCCCAAAUCUCAAAAGUCGGUCAGGGCAAGGAAAAGAAGAUCUGGAGAAGGCACGGCCUAAGGUCGCGUGCCUCGGAUGCGCUCCCAGACCAGGAGGCCGAGGCCGAGGAACAAGAUGCACUAUCAAGACCGGUCAAGAGACGACAACAUAUGAGUCCCAAGGCUAUGGAGAAGACCAAGGCUGUACUCAAUGGCACCAAGCGCGCGUUCAAGGCGACGCGCUGGGACCGAAGGAAGAGUGUCCUGCCUAGGAAGAGACCUAUGCGCGCCCAAAGCAUGGAACUGGCCACCGGAACUGGCAACGAUGACAGUCACCAUCACCAUGUGGAUGAAGAACAAGACAAUUCUACCGAGAUCAACAUGUCCCCAACAAGAUACGACAUUGAAAAGGCCUUGGUUUCCGUACCAGAAGUGGACAAUGGAAAAGGCACAUUUCCCUUGACUAUGGACGCGGCAGAACCUGGGGGCCUGUCAGACUACGAGAGUACGCACGAGCGAGAAGAAGAGACCAGCACAAGGGAUUCUACGCCCACAGAAGCCGCUAUGCUUGCCGACUUCUUCCGCUCGCCAGCUAAGAGCCCCUCCACUACUCACAUUGCAUCUUGCAAGAAUAUAUUUUAUCCCCAAUUACCACUCGAUGGCGACCCCACUACGAGACCGAAUGCUUCGAGCAAUACCGUCAGUGAAUUUGAAGCAAGAGCGGCGGCAGGACGUAACCUUGCUGAUGACUCUCACACAGAGAGUCUGGUCUUCUCCGAUGCUAUUCUCGAAAGUGUUGAAGUCGAGGCUCGCAGCCACGUGCAUGUCGCAUACCCACCUUUGCCUACAGAAGCUGUUCUUCAAGUGGAUGCCGAUGGUGAGCUCAGUGACACCGAAAUGUCUGACUCUGUUGCGACACCUCAUGUAGAUGAGGAUUCACUUGAAAUGGAGUCAUCUGGAGAGGAGUUGUCGGCCGAGGGCGACGAAGACUUCACUGAAGCUUCUUUGCAGUUGGAUAUCCAACGACAGUGCGAUGAGCAAUCGUCACCACCAGACCAGGAGAUACACGCUGGCAAAGCAGGAACCAAACCAAAAGACACCACUUCUACCACCUCGGAGCCACAUGCAGAGUUUGGUGCCGUGGCGGACACUGAGACGCAGGAAGUCAAAGGCCACGGAGAGUUGCUAGACAAUGCGAACACUGAACUCUUGUCACAAUUGUCUCAAAAAGAUCAUCACCAGAAUUCUGCAGAACUCGGGAAGGACGACAUCACAAACGGUCUCACACUCUCCUUCACACCGGCAAUGUCUACAUCAAUCCAGCCAACACCGCGCAAACUAUACUCACCCCCACCACCGUCCCGUGCUGAGUCCGGCCUAGACGACGUUACUAUGACCAUUGCUAUUGACGAUGAUACAGCCAUCCUCAAGGACUUCCUCACUCGCGCUGCCGCAAGUAAGGCCGAGAAAGCGGCCACACAUCGACGAGAAUCACUGCAGAACCGUCGUGAUUCGGAUGUCAUCCGCAACGCUCUGGCCUCACCACGGAAGGCACUUGAGGAUAAGGACCCUAAUUCACCUUCCAAGUUCGAUGGUGAGCUCACUACGGAUCUAUCUCAGACAUUUUCAUUCAGCAUUCCCGAUGGUGCUGAGUUGUCACCCGUCCCUCAUCCUGCAGACGAUCCAGGCUCACCGGAAGAGAAAUCGCAGCAUGGUUCCACCAGACGUUCCUCAAGGGCGAAGAAGUCGCGACUACCAGCGCCAGCGUCUACAUCCGCCACUGCAUCUAACCAACAGCAAACUUCCAAGAUCAACAUACGCCGCGCUGAUGGUGCAGAAGUCGUUGUCUUAAAGAAGUCAGAUGCGCAGGAGCUUGCUACGUUGACCCGAGCCAACACGCGUAAGAAUAAACAAGGCGCUUUUGGUGUCACAGUCCGACUUUUCAAGCUCGCUGCCGACGCUACAAGUCUUCCUCCCAUCGACGACACAACAAAAGAAAUCAUCAUAGGAAAGAACGUACGAUGGGAUGAGACAUUAGCCUACUACCAGGAAAGUCCCGAGACGCUUGCUGAGGCAGAGAGUCUAGCUACACCGGAUGAACUCAGCAUGGACCCAGCUUCCACCACGCCGAGGACGAAGAGGAGCAAAGUCGACAAAAAUGCGCCGCCAAAGGCCAGGCGCGUUAGGACAGUGAAUGGGACGCCUGGAAAGGGUCUCUUGACACCUGCCAGUAUUUUGCCAGAAGCAGUGCAGGAGGAGAAAGAGAAAGCAGCGCAGAAAAAGAGCGCGCUCCCAGCACAGCCUCAACAACUUCCCCGACCCAAAGCAAGCAAGAUUAAGAGAAUGCCUGUCGCAUCUAAUUUGACAGAGGGCAAGUUGCCGCACCUCGAUGUCGCGCCUGUGGGUGUAUCGGUGACGGCGACGGCGACGGCGUCCCGUAAGAGCAGACUUGCGGCGCCGAAGAAGGUCGUGCUGCCCCAGACGGCUGCUUUGUCUUCGGGAUUGUUGGAGGGAAAGGAAAAUGCGCUGCGUAUGGCCCUCGGCGAUGCUACGCCUAAGAAAGGCAUUCCUGCGCCUAAAGUGAUGGUGCCUUCGACUGUGGUGGCAGGUACGAGUAUGGAGAGUGCGCUACCGAGACGAAGAGGUCGCAAGUAUGGAGUUGGGGCCUAG